AUGGAGGGUGAAUCUACAAGUUGUCGUCGUUUGAAUUUUGAAGGAAAUGAGGAUAUGUUGGAAGUUGACUUUGAUGAUAUUGAUAAAGGCUUGAACAUUGAAACCGAUUUGGAUAUACCACAACUAGGAUUGGAAUUUGAGACAGAAGAAGAUGCAUUUCAAUUUUAUUUGACAUAUGCUAAAAAGGUUGGAUUUGGUGUAAGAAGAGGUAGAAUCCACAAGGAUGAAUCGGGUAAAUUACUUGAUAGGGUCUUUAUUGUUGUGCCCAAGGUAAAAGAGGAAAAGAAAAACGAGAUCUUUAUGUCAAAAGCAAGUCGUGAUGAAACAAGGUUUGGUUGUGCGGCUAAAAUGAAGAUUUGUAAUCGGAAAAAAAGCAAGUUUACUGUGGUACAGUUUGUUAAAGAGCAUAAUCAUUAUCUCUCAAGUCCAAACAAAACGCACCUCUACAGAAGUCAUAGGAAUAUAUCUUCUUCUGCAGCGAUACAGAUUGAGAUGGCAAGUGAUGUGGGAAUCCCCCCAAAAUCAUCUCAUGAUCUUAUGGUGAGGCAAAUGAGAGCUGAUUAUGCAAAUUUUGGAGAUGUUGUUUGCUUUGACACAACCUACAGAAAGAAUAAUGAAGGUCGACCAAUUGCAUUGUUUGUAGGUGUUAAUCAUCAUAAACAAUCCAUACUAUUUGGUGCCGCUUUAUUAUAUGAUGAAACCAGUUUGACUUUUAAGUGGUUAUUUGAUACAUUAACUAGAGCUAUGGGUGAGAAAAAGCUAACUACUAUUCUUACAGAUCAAGAUGCAGCAAUGGCAAAGGCGUUAGCUUCCAGAUGGCCUGAAACACAUCAUCGUUUGUGCAUUUGGCAUAUUUAUCAAAAUGCUGCCAUACAUUUGAAUGGAGUUUUUUCUAUGUUUAGAGAUUUUGCUAAAGAUUUUGCCUCAUGUAUAUAUGAUUUUGAUGAAGAGGAAGAUUUUGUUUCAGCAUGGAACAUGAUGUUAGCCAAGUAUGCACUUGAAGAUAAUGAUUGGUUGAGACGCAUGUACAACAUCAAGGAAAAAUGGGCUUUAGUAUAUGGACGAAAAAUGUUUUGUGCAGAUAUGACUACAACCCAAAGAAGUGAGAGCAUGAAUAGUAUUGUGAAAAAAUAUGUCACUUAUAAACACAAGUUUUUAGACUUUUUCAGUCACUUCCAAAGGCUUCUUGAUGAUCGUCGAUAUGAGGAAUUAAAAGCUGAUUUCAAAUCGAAUACAACUGUUCCCUAUUUAAUGUUUCCAAUUGAGAUUUUAAACCAUGCUAGUGAAAUUUAUACUCCUGAGGUAUACAAGUGUUUUCAACAGGAGUGGUACUUAUCUCAUGAUUCUAAUCUUGAAAUUUGUGAGGAUGUUGAUACAUUUGCAAAAUAUAAAGUUACUCCUCACAAAAAGAAAAACCAUCAUAUAGUUACACUUGAUAAGAAGUGUGAAAAGAUUGAGUGUAGCUGUAGAAAAUUUGAAUUUGCUGGGAUUUUGUGUUCUCAUAUUCUGAAAAUAUUUACGUGGAAUAAUAUCAUGAAGAUCCCAAGUGAUUAUGUAUUGAAAAGGUGGACAAGAAAAGCAAAAAUUGGAUAUUUUGGGGUAAAUGAUUCAAUGGCCAACAAUGCUAGUUUGGAUCCAAAAGUACUUCAAAACAUGCGUUACAAAGAGUUGUGUGGGUUGAAUGUUCAAUUGGUUACCAAGGCAGCACAAAGGGAUGACACCUACAUGUUUGUUAAAGAUGCUAUGUUGAGCUUGUGUAAGAUAGUGGAUGAUAAAUUACAAGUUAAUGAAUCAAAUGUCCAACAAUUAAAUGUGAGCCAAGCAUCCAGGGAAUUUGAUUAUGGUGAAGGGACCUCUACUGGAGUAAAAGGGAUUAAAAUGAAGAAAAAAACGGUGUCAGGUAAGAGGUUGAAAGGUGGGUUAGAGAAGCUUUCAAGGAAAAGAAAAGCAACGAGGAAAACAAACCAAGCUUCAACAAUUGGUGUAGAUCAAAGUAUUUCCACCGUGGGCAGCAUACAAUGUGACCAGAUCAUUCACCAACCUAUAAAUUCUGUGCCAACAAUUGGUAGCUCUGUUGGUAGUUUCAAUAUGACUGAGACUCAAUUUCCACCAUUAUUGGCAUCACAACUUUCUCAGUUACAGUUGUUUCGGCUUCCUUUAUUGUUUCGGCUUCCUAAUAGUUUACAGUUGUUUACUGUUAUAGGUUCCAAAUACUUUAGGCAAGUAUCAUUUUUAUCUCGUUCUGAUUACCUUCACAGCUUCCCCUCUUUUGAGUUGAUUUCUGCCAAACUUCAUUUGCACCAUAUUGUUCUUUUUGAUGAUCAGAUUGAUGAGACUGAGAAGGAACAACUUAUUGGGACUUAUUUUGGCUAUCUUCUGGGCAUGGCUGAGAAUUGUUUGCUGGCCCUCAAAGCAAAACCACAGUCUUAUAAUCAGGGGCAUAACGAUGUUUCUCGCGUUUUAAUGGAGAGCAUCCGUCAGAAGCUAAAGAGCAAGAAGACUGACAAUGAUACCAGAUCCCGGCGGAUGAUGGCGAGACGAAAGGAAGAAGUGGAAGAUGGCGCCGGCGGAUCGCAGAUGCGGGGACGAUGA